AGGGAUAAGAAACCCUGCGCCAAGAUUUCCUUCUUUCCCAGGCGGCUGCCGAAGAUGGCGGAGGGGCAGGUCCUGGUGCUGGAUGGCCGAGGCCACCUCCUUGGCCGCUUGGCAGCCAUUGUGGCCAAGCAGGUACUGCUGGGCCGGAAGGUGGUGGUGGUGCGCUGCGAGGGCAUUAACAUUUCUGGCAAUUUCUACAGAAACAAGUUAAAGUACCUGGCCUUUCUUCGAAAACGUAUGAACACCAAUCCUUCCCGUGGCCCCUACCAUUUCCGGGCCCCUAGCCGCAUCUUCUGGCGAACCGUGCGAGGCAUGCUGCCCCACAAGACCAAGCGAGGGCAGGCUGCCCUGGAACGCCUCAAGGUGUUUGAUGGGAUCCCCCCACCCUAUGACAAGAAAAAGCGGAUGGUGGUCCCUGCCGCCCUCAAGGUUGUGAGGCUGAAGCCUACCAGAAAGUUUGCUUACCUUGGGCGCCUGGCUCAUGAGGUUGGCUGGAAGUACCAGGCAGUGACAGCCACCCUGGAGGAGAAGCGGAAGGAGAAAGCCAAGAUCCAUUACCGGAAGAAGAAGCAGCUCAUGAGGCUAAGGAAACAGGCAGAAAAGAAUGUGGAGAAGAAAAUUAACAAGUUCACAGAGGUUCUGAAAACCCAUGGACUCCUGGUGUGAGCCCAAUAAAGACUGUUUAUGCCUCA